GAGUUGCUGUUGCCUUGGCUUUCAGUUGAUCGCGGAUCGUGGCUGUGUCAAGUUGCAAUUUGAAUUUUUAUAGGAAAUCGUAAGCUGGCAUAGAAUAUAGCUGCAAUGAAGUUGCUACCCCUGGCUUUAUUGGCCUUUUUAUUGAGACCGGAACCCAAUGACGCGGCACAAAUUUUGGGCUUGUUUCAACAUCCCGGAAAGAGCCACUUUGACUUCUUCCGUCCCAUGUUCUUGGCCUUGUCGGAGAGGGGUCACAACAUCAGCAUGUAUAGCUAUUUUCCACUGGAGAAACCAGUGGCCAACUACACGGAUUACGUCUUUCAAGGAAUGCCCCUGCUCACCGAUAUUGUGGACUUAAGGAACUUUGAAUCCGAAUGGAAGCCCCUGGGACUGCCGUUCAAGGUGCCCACCUACUUUAUGCUUCACGAUUGGGGUCUGCGAUCCUGUAAGGUGGCCCUGAAUUCACCCCUCAUCGCCCAACUGCUCAAAUCCCCCAUUCGAUAUGACGUCAUACUCCUGGAACAUUUCUCCAACGAUUGCAUGGCAGCGGUGGCCCACCUGUUGAAUGCACCUGUAAUCGCAUUGAGUAGCUGUGCGAUAAUGCCGUGGCACUACAAACGCAUGGGCAGUCCGUUCAUUAAUCCCAUCAUGCCCAUGAAUUUCCUGCCCUACACUGAUGAGAUGAGUCUGAUCGAUCGCCUGAAUAAUUUCUUCCAUUUCCACACCGUGGACACACUGUACAACACGAUUACCCAGCCAGCCACAGAUGCUCUGAUCGGCCAGAGAUUCGGACCCGGACUGCCACCCAUCAAUGAGAUCGUGAAGAAUACGAGUCUGAUGCUGAUCAAUCAGCAUUACGCCCUAACCGGACCACGCCCCUAUGCUCCAAAUGUGAUUGAAGUGGGUGGGCUGCAAGUGGGGCCGAUAAAACCACUUCCACAACACCUUCUAGAUCUUUUGGAUCGAUCCCCCAAUGGAGUAAUCUAUAUCAGCUGGGGCUCCAUGGUGAACAGCAAUACUCUUCCUUCGGCCAAACGAAUGGCGCUUUUCCAAAGCAUUUCCCAACUUAAGGAGUACAACUUUGUCAUGCGCUGGAAAAGUUUAGAAUCUCUGGAAGAUAACAAGCCGUCGAACCUCUACACCUUCGACUGGCUGCCCCAAAGGGAUCUUUUGUGUCACCCGAAGGUCAGGGCUUUUAUCUCCCAUGGCGGACUUUUGGGCACCACGGAGGCGGUUCACUGUGGAGUUCCCAUGCUGGUGACACCUUUCUACGGAGAUCAGUUUCUCAACUCCGGCGCAGUGAAACAAAGAGGUUUCGGAGUUAUUGUUGACUUCAGAGACUUCGAUACAAAUCACAUAACCAGAGGACUUCGAAUUAUACUUGAUAAAAAAUUCGCGGAAAGAGUUAGACGAUCCAGCGAAGCCUUUCGCCAGCGUCCCAUUCCUCCUAUCGAAUUGGCCACCUGGUGGAUUGAGCAUGUCAUAAAGAAUGGGGGAGCUCCACAUAUUCAAAGUGAAGCCAGACACAUAAACUGGAUCGUCUACAAUUCCAUCGAUGUUCUCCUGUUCUGGCUGGGAAUCUUAUUUCUACCGUUUGUCGCCCUGUGGAAGCUCAUAAAGAUAUUCAAAACAGCUUUUUGUCGGGGGAAAAUCUCUAGAGAUACUAAGACAAAGAGGCAAUAAGUGUUUAGUUCAAUGAACUUAAAAUUUAGACACAGAAAUUAAUGAAUGUCAGGAAAAUGGGUCGCAUGUCAAAGAGCGUAUUCCGAAUAAAAUUAUAUAAAUACGUUAAA